UAGGUCGUUUUAUGAUGAGUUCACACUGAUACUCAAUGGAAACUCGACACUGUAUCCAGUGCAGAGACUGACAGAUGACGAUGCUGCCGUUCUGGUCCGCCUCCUGAGGCGUAACAUCCACAUCACAGGUCUUGAUUUAAGAUUCAAUGAUUUAACAAAUUGUGGAGCAGAAAUAAUUGCAAAAUUUCUACUGGAAACCGAAACAUUCAGUGACUUAAACCUGAUGUGCAAUGACAUCGGCAGCAAUGGAGCAGAAUGGCUUGCCAAAGCCUUACAGUUGAACAUAUCAGUGAGGCAUCUGAGAGUGAAUGGAAAUAAAAUUGGCAAUAAAGGUGGAAUGCACUUUGCGACAAUGCUGCAACUUAACAGGACCCUCGAGUCGCUGGACAUUGCCGACUGCGAUUUGGGAAUUCAAUGUGUGAUUGGAUUAGCAACAGUUCUAAACCAUAACAAAGCGCUCAAAUCCAUCGAUGUUGGACGGCCUUUGGUUUACACCCUUCAGGAAGAGAUGACUGUGCACAUGGCUGACAUGCUGCACGUGAACCAAACCCUGCAGGAGCUGCACUUAGAAAGAUUUGAAAUGAAAGAUUUUGGUGUCCAGCAACUUUGUGAACAACUCGUUAAAAACAGGACUCUGCGAUACCUCGAUCUUCGCUGUAACCAGAUAUCCUGUGAUGGAGCAAAAUAUUUGGCUGAGCUGCUAAAACUCAACACUCCCCUAAAGAUCCUGGAUUUGUCAGCAAACAGAAUUGGCGAUGAUGGGCUAGUUUACAUUAGCGAUGCCCUUCGUUACCUGAAUGACCAACUGCAAGGGUUAUCUGUGACCCAUAAUAGCAUCACUGGUGUUGGUUUGGUGGCAUUCGCAAAUAUAUUGAAGUCCAACAAUACCUUAAGCAAUGUCUACAUCUGGGGCAAUGAAUUCGAUGAAGAAGCCUGCAUUGAGUUUGCGAAUCUUUUAAAAGUUGGGCGUCUGAUGACAAAGCAGACAGAUGUCAGUCCCUAUUGGAUCGAUGGACAUGUCUACCUGGCUGAGCUUGCUCACGGGCUCCAAAUGUUCUAUUACUGGAUACCUCAAUAUGGACUUCAGGAUGAUGCAGCUUGUAACGCUAGUAUGGCUCUACUGCAGGAACCACAAUCUUCCAUGAGCCAGUUCAACUUGGAAGACACUGAAUCUUCAAGCACAGACAAAGCCCAUUCGUCUGGUAGUAUCUCCGGUGACUCUUUGCAUCUGCUAAAUAAUUGAUCCCUCUGAUCUCUCUCCAAUGUCCUGCUUAUAUUUAUCCAGUUCCCUCUUCAAAGUUACUCUUGAAUCUUCUUCCACCAGUCUUUCAGGCAACACAUCCCAGAUCACAAAAUGGUCAGGUAAAGAAAGGAAGACCACUUGUUUAAUGAUUAUCUUAAAUUAGGACCUUUGCCAUUAUUAUUUACUCUUAUCAAAAUCCCCGUGACUCUGAAGACCUUCAGAAAUAACAAUCCCAGCUUCUUCAGUUUAUCUGUAAAACAGAAGUCCCACAUCUCGGGAUCUUUCUAUUAAAUUGCUUCAUCAGCUUCAUCAAGACAUUGCUUAAAGAGUAAGAUUUACUGCGAUUGAAUUUGAUGAAGUUGGAUCUAGUAUUAGAUAAGAAAUGGGUCUAAUAAUACAUUACAGAUUCAGAUAAAAACCUUGUGUAUGUAUUUUGUGUCAAGAUCUUGCCCCAUCACCUUACAAAUUUGUCUUUAAUCAUCUUUAACCUCCUUCCUCAACCUUUAACACUUUACCAUUUAAAGAUUUAGAGUUGCUGAUUAUUUGAAGCAAUUAAUUGAAUUGGGACAGAUUAUUAUUGCCAAAAAUGAUGACCUACAUGUGACCUCUCUCCAAAAUGAGCCUGCACAUCUGAACACUGAUGUUUAGUUUUUGAAUUACAAAAUACAGAAUAGGUUAAAUAACCUUCACAAGUUACACUAUAUUAUAUGGAAUUUUAGGCCUUUCUAUCAGAGAUACUAAAGUCUCUGAUCUCUGACAUUAUCUUUACAAAUCUUUCCUAACGACAUUCCUCAGACCCCUUAAACAUUCACCCAAAACUGAACUCGAUAAGAGCCAAGCUGAAGAUUGUUGCGAUUUUGCCUCACAUCUUUAGCUUACUCUUUACCAUUACAUGUGAAGAUCAGUACAGUUGUACAGAAUGAUAGAGAUUUGUGGACUGAAUAGGCUGUUCAACCCAUCCAACCAUUUAUACUGCUCAGCUCUCACUGCUUAAUCGUGACACACCCAUAGCUGAUCAAAUGUGGUGACCCACCAAACACCUUAAUCUAUGCUCAGUAGUUCUUCACCUCUUUACUACAGAAAUAAAAGCCUCCUUUUUCAUCCGAUGCAGUCCUUUCGCAAUAAAUAUAUCCAGAUUGUUCCCUCUCAGCUUUCCUUAUUCCAGAGAUAAUGACCUGAGCCUGCCUAAUAUUUCAGCAUUGUUACCCAGCUUACUCAUCCUCUGAGAAUCUCCUCUGUAAUCUCUCCAGUGCUACCACAUUGCAGAGUGGUGACUGGAACUGUGGCUUGAGAAUGCUUAGUACAGUUAUGGUAUAGCUUCCUGAACAUUUAAUUUGUGCCUCAUGCCGCUCUCCAUUACUAAUCUAAUACUAAUGAUCUGAUGUGUUUUCCCAGUGAUAUAUAGUUCACACGGCUCAUCUCAAUCACCAAAACAUUAUCCAACAAUACCUCCAAUCAUUGGAACUGUCACCCAUUCCUUCUCUCUGGAGAUGCUGGCUGUCCCGCUAAUUUACUCCAGCAUUUUGCAUCUACCUCCAAUCAUUGAGUUAGAAACAUGUUGGGGUUAAUAAGUCAUACAGCGUGGAAACAGACCCUUCAGCUCAACUCAGUCAAGGUGGUUUACAUUUCAGGACUUCUCCCCUUUGCCCUUUAUUCUAAUAUUAUUCCAAUCAAUAUUAGUUAACCGAAUCCCCCAAAAUCUACAAUUCUUGGACAUUUAUGUAAUUUUCCUGCAGCUCUGGUCUUCCAUUACUCUAUCGCCAUCUUGCAGCAUUUAGAAUAUCUUCUGUUGUAUUUAACCAAAUGGAUGUUGUCCUUAUUCCUCAAGUACAUUCUCUCUUUACAGCUUUAUAAUAUCCAGCAUUAAUGUCACUCCAUUUCCCCCUUAUCAAUAUUUUCUGAGGACUUUAAAUUUCAGAAUAGUGAAUGUCUGCCCCUUUAGAACCAGGUUUCAGUUAUUACAUCAUAAUCACAGAUCUGUGUGGCUAGUUUGCCCGAUUUAUCGCCAUACUUCAUGCAUUCAUACGCAUGUAUUUUAAUGAGUUUUUUUUGUUGCAAUUCUCAUAAUUUCAUGGUGACUACUCACCCCAACAAUCUGCUACAUUGCACACAGAGUAAUCAGCCAUUACCAUUAUGCAUCCUGUUCCUCUCACAUCAUCAACAAUUGACCACCUCACUGUCACUUUAGUUUUACCCUCCCAAAACCAUAUUAGUCAAUGUCCCCUCAUAGACAAAGAUCUGUUGAAGUGCAACCUGUAUAUCAAACAAAAGUGUAAUCAAUGCCUCAUAUAUGUAUGUUUUCCUGGUCAUGUAUUAAUCUGCCUACCUCUCUAUUUUAAUUCUAGCUGUUCCCAUUAAUUACAUGUUAUAUUUUGUCCUUAAAAUACUAAUUCCAGGACCUCCAUUCCUAUCCGCUCUGUUACACUGUGGAGGAAUUGCAUGCAUUUGUCUUAGCUGUCCAUUACUAUUUAAAAAGCUUUAUUUAUUUUUUCUCUAUUUUUGCUUUUAUACAUUAUUAACUGGUUACACUGAUUGAACUGCUCCUAUCCUUUUAACAAUGACUUCCAAGUUUGAUAUGUUAUUAGUCAAUAACCUUUUCAUAUCUUUUUUUGUAAUUCAGUCAAUAAAUAUUAUUCGAUUGGUUUUCUAA